CAGCGGGAGGGUAAGGGGAUAAACCAACUGGAUAACUUCGGACUUGGAGGGAGGGACUGCCGCAUGGUGGGUCUUUGAAAGAAACGAACAUGGAAGAAUUUCUGCAGCGCACCAGAGACUGCCUGGUAACUGGAGAACCAUUACAACAUGUUCAUGCUGUUCUUGGGGAUAAAUCCUGUGACUUGGACUCCAUCACUGGGACAUUAGCAUAUGCCUACUACCUUGAAAAGCAGGUAAAUCCACUUAAUGUUCUUUGUGUGCCAGUUCUGAACAUACAGAGAAGUGACUUUUUUCUCCACGUUGAGAAUGGAUUGAUACUGGACCACCUUAAAAUUCCAUCAGAGUGUCUCAUUUUCCGAGAUGAAAUUGAUCUGCAGCAGUUAAACAGAGAAGGAAAGCUAAUCCUGACACUCCUCAGCAGUAAUGUAUUAACAAGCGAUGACAAAUUAUUAGAGUCAGCUGUUGUAAAGGUCAUCAGGUCACCAAAGUAUUCUACUGUUAGUUCACCAAAGUAUUCUGCUGGCAGACAGGAGCUUCCAGAAUUUAUAUCCGCAACUUCUUCCGCUUCGUAUUCCUUAGUGGUACUGAAAGAAAUCCUUCAAAAAGCCCCAGACUUGGUGACUUGGGAACUGGCUCUGCUGCUUAGAGGUGUGGUUCUUCUAACCUGCACAACUUCUGAAGAGGAGAAUGCGAGAGAACACUACGAAGAGACGCUUUCACUUUUAGAAAACACAUUUCCACAGCUUCCUCCCAGAGAAGAGUACUUUAGUGAAACAGAAAUUAGUGUCACAAAGCCCAAAGUGCCAGAUUUAAGUAUGGAGCAGAUACUGCUGAAAGAUGUAAAAGAGCUGUCAGAUGGAGAAAUUAAAGUAGCAAUUAGCUCUGUGUACAUGACCCAUGAGGACAAUAUUAUUGACUGGAUUGAGGAUAUGAAAGCAUUCAUAGGCAAAUAUGAUUAUGAAGCUCUUAUUAUUCUGGCAACGUACGUGCAAGAUGGAAGUCGAAAAAUUGUUGUUCAUACAGAAAAUUUAGAGCUAGGCAGUCAAGUACGUUUUCUGACCCCAUUUCCCUGGGCCAUUAAGCCUCGAAGUGCCCUCCGAAAGGACUCAGCAUUAUUGGGUCUAGCUAAGCCAGGAUAUUCUUGGUCUGUUAAUUCCUCUUCCUCCAUAGAAGAUGCUCCGCUUUCAACUGAAUGA